AUGCGUUACGAAGUCGUUGGAAGCGGCGAAGGCAAGAAAAGAGUCAUGGGAAAGGGUCUCGCUGUGCAUUAUGCGGGUUCAGAUGCGAUGCUCACUGAGACCGAACAAGCGAAUUACACGGAUCUGCGCCUCGUACAAACGUUGGCAGGUGCCGUUGUGCUGGUGUUUAACGUCCCUGAUGUAAGCAAACUUGUCUUAAACCUUGAUGUAGUCACAGGAAUCUACAACGGUACGAUUCAAACGUGGAAUCAUACAGACAUUGUAAGACUUAAUCCCCAAAUUAAACUUCCGGAUGCCAAUAUAGUUCCAAUUGCGCGCGCAGACGACUCUGGAAGUACACGCGUUUUUACAUCAGCUUUGUCUUCGGUCAGCCCGGAAUGGAGAAAACAUUAUGGGACAUUUUCGGAAGGUUACAAUUCUGUCACCAAGGCUCCGUUUUACUGGAACUCGAGCGUCGUAAAACAAUUCGGUCGAACAACAGUCGGCGCAGUUGGGCUCGUACUUUCAACAGAAUUCUCGUUAUCAUACUCGUCUUUGUCAGAAGUUAAAUCCUUCAGCAUUAACCACGCUUGGUUGCAAAACAGUCAAGGCAACAUUGUAAACGCCUCAAUUCAGUCUGUCCAAGACGCCAUUGUGAGCGCUGAUGGCAAUCUGAGUAUUGUGAACACUAAUGGUUCAUUCGCGUACCCGCUAUCAACGUUUACGUAUUUUAUUGUGUACAUGACUUCAAUGACGGACUGUGACUCCGCGAUUGAACUCGUACGGUAUAUCACGUGGUUGUCGACGUCAGAACAGGCCGCCAUAUCGGCGGAUAGGCUGGGCUUUGUCGCCCUGGAGAAACAAACGUCAGACUUGAUUGCGGAUCAUACGCUCAAGAUGAUGACAUGCAAGGGACAAAAUGUGUGGGAACUGAUGCUGCAGCAAAUCGCAUUAGAAAACGCCUUGGUCGAAGAUGACUCGUGGAAGACAAAAGACAUUGUCCACGGGCGACUGACGUCCAAAUGCUGUUUCAUCGACAGCACUUGGAACCUAAGAGUAACUGCGUGGAACGAAGUUUGUAUUUAUAAACACAGCAGGUCGAACACGAGUCACAAUAAAAUCCUACCAAUUGACUGGAGCCCUGAGGAUGAGUCGUCUGCGGAACUGCUAUUGUUCACAGCUCCAGAGGUCAUUAAAUAUCGGAGUGACGUCACACCAGAAACAGAUUCCUAUAGCUUGGCAAUGGUUUACCAAGAGAUCUUUUCUCGAAAACCACUCUACACAGAGCUAAGUCUUAAACCUACAGAGAUUUUGUAUGCAGUAGUCACCUGCGGAAUCCGUCCGCGUAUCACCGAGAAGACGCCGAACGUUAUCCGGUUGAUUAUGGAGCGCUGUUGGGAGAUCGAUCAAGCCUCGCGCCCGAGUACCGCGUCCAUAGAGGUCGCUCUGCACAAGGAGUUUCCAGACACCGUCUCUUUGCUGGACUGCAUGACGGACACACUAGAGCAGUACGCGGUCGGUCUAGAGACCAAACAUAACGAAUUGAAGGCCGAGUUUGAAAAGAUAAAAAAUCAAAUCAAUACGAGUCUUUACCAUAAUGUCCCAGCUCCCGUAGCAGAUAUUCUGCUCAACAACAAGAAAUACCAGUGCACACAGUACGAGAGCAUAUGCCUUAUGGCUUUCGCCGUCUGUCACGUGGAAAAUCUUGUUGUUCACACGACGCCGACGGGGUUUGUGAACCUGAUGACACAUUUCUUUUCGUCACUUGACCAAGUCCUUCUGAACAGUAACCUGUAUUGUCUACACGGUCAAUGCGAAUACAACGUGUAUGCGAUAGGAAUGACUUUUGAUUCAGACGCAACAGGGUAUAAUGCCACUAAGGCUGCGAUAGAAGCGGUUAAGGCUUCAAAGAAUAUUUUCAAUUUUACAAGAAAAUUUAGUGCUGAGCGAUUAUCCGGUAUCAAUGCCGAGUUAAUGCUGAAGUUCGCGAUCACUCUGGGCCCCGCAAUUACGGGCGUGGUUAAGACUAAGCAGCCCAAGUUUUCGGUGUUCGGUAAGGCGAUGGAGGAGGUCCGUGACCUUUGUGCCAACUCAUCUGCAGGCAACAUCAGACUGGCGCCGAGCGUGUUUCAGACCUUUCGCGCAGUAAACGAAGAAACCAUUCACAUACAAGAGGUCAACGAGCAAAAACAAUAUUAUAUCGACAUUGGUGCGAUCCCAAUCAAUCGCGUUGAUCUCUCCAACGACAUCAUGUGCUGUGCUGAAACUGACUCCAAAGUUGUCUCCAUAACUUACGGCUGUUGA